AUGGAGGGAAGGGAAUCGAAUCGACUCGAAUCGGUUCGAAUCGGUUCGAAUCGGUUCGAAUCGGUUCGAAUCGGUUCGAAUCGGUUCGAAUCGGUUCGAAUCGGUUCGAAUCGGUUCGAAUCGGUUCGAAUCGGUUCGAAUCGGUUCGAAUCGGUUCGAAUCGGUUCGAAUCGGUUCGAAUCGGUUCGAAUCGGUUCGAAUCGACUCGAAUCGGUUCGAAUCGGUUCGAAUCGAUUCGAAUCGACUCGAAUCGGUUCGAAUCGACUCGAAUCGACUCGAAUCGGUUCGAAUCGACUCGAAUCGGUUCGAAUCGGUUCGAUCGACUCGGUUCGAAUCGGUUCGAAUCGGUUCGAAUCGACUCGAAUCGAUUCGAAUCGAUUCGAAUCGAUUCGAAUCGAUUCGAAUCGACUCGAAUCGGUUCGAAUCGACUCGAAUCGGUUCGAAUCGACUCGAAUCGGAUCGAAUCAAGCGGGUAGCUAA